AUGUCCGCGUGCACCACCGCUGCCGCAGCUGCACGCGCUCCCGUCUCCAGCGCGAGACAGACGUGCUUAGCGUGCACGUGCACUGCGCCACGUGUCCGUAGCUGGGCUGGACACACUGCCCUCUCUCCCGCCUGCUCGCCCGUAGCCGCUGCCCUGCUCGGGUCUUCCACACAGAGCCGUCUGGAGUUCGCACAGCCUGUUGCGAGGACUAGGAUGGUCAGUAGCCAGCCCAAGUACGAGCUGAUCCAGGAGGUGGGGCGGGGCAGCUACGGUGUGGUGUACGAGGCCGUGGCCAGGCGCACCGGAGCCCGCAUGGCCGUCAAGAAGAUCCGCUGCCACUCGCCCGAGAACGUGGAGCUGGCCCUGCGCGAGUUCUGGGCCCUGAGCAGCAUCCAGAGCCAACACCCCAACGUCAUCCACCUGGAGGAGUGCAUCCUGCAGAGGGACGAGCUGGCCCAGAGGAUGAGCCACGGAUCCAGCUCGCCGCUCUAUCUGGAGCUGGUGGAGACGUCGCUGAAAGGCGAGAUCGCGUUCGACCCGUGCUGUGCCUACUACUUGUGGUUCGUCAUGGACUUCUGCGACGGCGGCGACAUGAAUGCGUACCUUCUCUCCCGCAAACCCAGCCGCAAAACCAACACCAGCUUCAUGCUCCAGCUCGGCAGCGCCUUGGCUUUCCUCCACCGCAACCAAAUCAUACACCGCGACCUCAAACCCGACAAUAUCCUCAUCUCGCAGAGUCCCUCCGCUGCCGGGGCGCCAGAACCCACCCUCAAAGUGGCCGAUUUUGGGCUCAGCAAGGUCUGCUCCACCUCCGGGUUGAAUCCGGAAGAGCCGGCGAGCGUGAACAAGUGCUUCCUAUCCACAGCAUGCGGCACGGACUUCUAUAUGGCGCCCGAGGUGUGGGAGGGGCACUACACGGCCAAGGCAGACAUCUUCGCUCUGGGCAUCAUCAUCUGGGCGAUGGUGGAGCGGAUCACGUUUGUGGACGUAGAGACGCAGAAGGAGCUGUUGGGCAGUUACGUUCAGCAGGGCUCGGAGAUUGUGCCGCUGGGGGAGGCUCUCCUGGAGAACCCCAAGAUGGAGCUUCUGAUCCCGGCGCGGAAGAAGAGCAUGAACACCCACAUGAAGCAGCUCAUACGGGACAUGCUGUCGGCCAACCCCCAGGAGCGGCCAGAUGCCUUUGAGCUAGAGCUAAGACUGGUGCGGAUAGCGUGCCGAGAGAUGGACUGGGACACGUGA